CCACGAAGUACAUCAUGUCUUUCCUGUCUUCCUCCUGCUGACUACAUUCACCGGGACACAAGAUCUUACAUAACCGUCUUGGUGAUAGCCACACACAGCAAGGAGGCGGAUAUUGACAUCUUCUUCAGACUGGACGGCAACGUCACCUAUGAUAACAAGACGUACAUCGACCGGGACGCUCUCAGCAUCAGAUUAGAUAGGUAUCAGACGUUCUCCUUAAACAGUUCAUCUGAUAUGACCAGAACCAUCGUUAAUGCUACGGAGACAAUAGCUGUCUAUAGCGGAACAUACGAUGUGCGCAGAGGACACUUCUCUACUUUCGAGCAAUUACUUCCUGUGAAACAUUAUGGACAUGAGUAUAUUCUCGCUAUCCAGGACCCUUAUGACCGUGACCGCUCAUAUGUGAGUGCACUGCCAUACCAGCUUCAAGUUGUUACUGACCACAGUGACACGAGCAUCAUGUUUAAUAACGGUUCUUCCAUAUCAGUUGGUGAAGAUAGAGUGUACCGUAAACAAUGUGGGAAUCGUGAAACGUUCUACUUCAACACCACAAGGCCAGUUAUGGCCACCCUGUGUACUUUUGGAAGGAAUUACUAUACUGUUGCAUUUGUUGUAGUGCCCCCCGUAAGCCUAUACUCCACGUUAACAACACUACAACACCUAGGUUCCGUGCAGAUAUUGACAGACAACAACAACGUGGACGUUCAACAAGCCCAUGACACUGUCUCUACAGUCUUCAGCCCUCCGGUCACAUGGAAGAAUGUGUCAGGUACAAGAUACAAAGUGGGAACAUUGAGAGGUGGAGAAUUCACAACAGUAACCAUCCAUUCUAAUUCUACCUUUGCUAUCCUUGCAUACUAUGCCGCCAUAUACAACGGAGGAUACAGUUUUUGGACAUAUUCUGAUACAGAGACCUCGACACCAGAUGGAAGCGGUGUCAAGUUAAAUACAGGUGGUUCCAUCCAAGCUGGCAGUUCUGACAAUGCUACAGUGAUCGUGGGUGUGAUCUGUGGGAUAGUUAUCUUGGUUCUCCUCCUCGCUUUACUAGCAAAGGUGUUCUGCAGCCGAAAGAAGAAGAUGCCAGUUACGAGAGCAGGAGAACAAGGUGCUGAUGCUCCCUCAAACUCUAUGGCCAUCUACGCGGUGCCAGACAGAGCUGCUGGAGGUGCAGCAGGUGAAGGCACGUACACAGGGCCCGGAUUCAAAGUAACACCAAGCGACAUCAACAUCGUCGACAACAGGAAACGGGAACAGUCCACGGAGAGGAUGAUUUACAAGGGUUUCAGUUUGGUGGUUCUGUUGACGAUCCUGCAGAGCAGCAAGGGUGAAGACUACUUGGUGGCAGUGGCAUAUAGAGGAAACUACUCGAACAUCAUGUACACAGUAGGAGAAACUGGGGGCCUUGUGGAGAUCAAGUAUCCACACUUCGCUUAUAGAACAUCACUUGCUAUUUAUCCUUUCUGGUAUGGGUCACACCUGAUAGGUGAUAAAAUGCAAAUCACGAGUGAUGUAGAAAAUGCAGUUAUCGUUGUUAGCGCAAGUGACGAAGAGAUAGACAUUGUGGUAGAUGCUGACGGUGUAUUCGUUCCACUUCCAGUAUCUGCCCUUGGAACGAAGUACAUUUUACCUUCAGGUCUCUCCCCAAUCAGUGGUUAUCGAUCCUUGUUACUAAUAGCUACACACACGAAGAGCACUACAGUUGAUAUAUUCUUUCGAAUGGAUAGAGGAAGCAUUGACUUUACCAAUCACCGUUACAGUGACGGCGAUGUAUUAUCGCUUAAACUCAAUCCGUAUCAAACUUUUAGGAUAUCUACACCAUAUGAUUUGAACGGAACGGUCAUUAACAGCGAACACAGCGUAGCCGUCUAUAGUGGUAUUGAAUAUGCCUCUAAGUACACUGUGUAUGACCAACUACCGCCAGUCAAGCACUACGGACAGGAGUAUGUUGUUGCUGUAGAUGACACCAAACUGGAGCUCCAGAUCAUCAGUGAACACAACCACGUGCAGGUCACCUUCAGUUCUGGAGCCACAGUCUCUACUGGCGAGCGUCGUCUCUAUAACCGCUCACUUGAACGUGGAGAGAGUCUUCACUUCACCGCCACACGCCCGGUACUGGUGACACUCAGUCGAGCAGAUGGUUACAGUAGUGCCUUCACAACUGUACCACCUGUACACUCGUACGUCACACACAAAGGAGUCUGGUUAUAUCAUAACAAUCUUCGUGUAAAACUAAAAAUACUAACUGACACGAGAGCAACGGUGUUGAUUAAGGAGGUAAACGAUGGUCUGACAUGGUUGGAUAUGAGGGGCAGCAGAUACAAAGUUGGCACACUGGUACCGUCACAGUCACAUUCACUGUUCGGACAUUCAUUUACAUUCAUAUCCAGCGACUUCCCCUUCACAGUUCUGUCCUUCUAUAACGGAUCGGUCUAUAAAAACUGCUACAAAGUUUCUGUAGAUGAACCAGUACAUUAUACAGGUCCAACGUACUUGAUGGCACUGGCUAAGGGCAACCACAGAUUAGAUCCUCGGAUACUCGCCAGUGCUUGGGAGAAUGGAGGUCAAUGGCAGAUACAGGAUCUAAACUCUAGGUUCCGGGUCUGGUCCCGGUGCUUUAAUCCAUACAACACAGACUACUUUUACCCCAUUGUCCAAGCUUACACAGUAAUUCUUGUGCUUGUGUUGGUCAGGGAUGAUGCUGUUCAGAUCAAAGGUAACCUGAACUAUGAAACCUCGUUCUCUCCCCUUCCUGUGACGGCUCUAGGCACGAAAUACAUCAUGUCUUCCUGUCGCACACCGCGUUACAUGUCCGUCUUGCUGAUAGCCACACACAGCAAGAUGGCGGAUAUUGCCAUCAUCUUUAGACUGGAAGGCUACGUUGCCUAUAAUGGCAAGAAGUACACCAACGGGGACACUCUCAGUAUCAGAUUAUUUGGGUAUGAGACUUUAUCCUUAAACAGUACAUCUGAUAUGACAGGAACCAUCGUUAUGUCAACGGAGACAAUAGCUGUCUAUAGUGGAACAUACAUGUAUGACGUAUUUAAAACUUUCGAUUGUUACUGA